UAUACAACUCGUUAGAGUUUUGCUGCUACUUUUUCUUUUAGCAGGAAAGUCAUAUUCUUUCUUCAGAAUGUCCAAAAUUGAAUGCUUGAGUGUGGAUAAAAAUUUAAGUGAAUUUGAGUAUUGUCGCUUGAAACCCAUAAAUCGGAAUGUAUCAGAAUUCUCUUUCAAACUAAAGCUUCAUGAUACCAUUAAUGACUUGACUGCGAAUUAUGAACUUUUACAAAAGUUUAAUCGAUAUUCACCAAUUGGCAUAAAUUAUACUUUAAAUAUAUGCAAAUAUUUUACCAAUCGCAAAAAUGAAAAGUUUGUGACUAUAUUUUUUGAUCUAAUGAACAAUUAUAUAAACCUCAAUCACUCAUGUCCAUUUAAGGAUUACAUUCAAUUGGAAAAAUUUUAUGCACGACAUGACAGGCUCCCACUACCGAUACUCUCUGGUGAAUAUCUUUUUAAGACAUCCUGGUUUGUAAAACAAAAAUUGCGCAAACUAUCAAAACUAAACAUGUUUUUAAUGCCAGUAACUAAUCGCGUACAUAAUUGCUGUUUUAUUAUCAUAUUACCAAUAUUGUUGGAGGUUGCGCCUGAGCAACCUGCAGAGUCAUUUGUGAUUUGUGUCACGUCUUUGCCAUCAUUGACAUCACAAAUGCGUGGAUUUCGCAAAAUAAUUUGUCAGGAAAAGAUCAUGAAACAUAAACCUGAAUCAAACCAAGGUUAA